ACAACAAGAAAUAAAAGUAAAAUUAGAUACUCUAUUGACACACAAUGAUAAUAGUGUCAUAAACACAUUUAGUCACCUUCUUCCGAUUUGUUCCAUGGAGUCCUUUGAUGAAAUUGAUCAAGGUUUGAAAAAUUCUGAAGAAAACUUUAUAUCUUUGAUAAAAUAUCUCAACCUUGGUUCAGGAGAAACUGUAAAGGCAUUAGUGCCAUCAGUAAUGAAAUUACUUAUGAAGAAGACUGUUUCCAUGCAUUUCAGUGGUUCCGGAAAACAAAAAAAACGUGAUUUUUCUGCAACUAAGGUUGCUGCUGCAGUAUUUGAGGUUGUGUCGAAAAAAAUACCAAAUGUAUCCAGAAAUGAAAUUUUGCAAAAAAUAUCAAAAUUCCUUGCAGAAAGUGGAGACAGAGAAGGAGGAAGAAAAGAAAGAUUUUCGAAAUCUACAAAUUAGG